AUGUCGCAGAAGCCCAUCUUUGUGGCUACUCACCCCCGGGCGUGUUCCACGGCCUUUGAGCGAGUCUUCAUGACUCAACGGGAUACCAUUCAGUGUGUUCACGAGCCAUUUGGCGAUGCUUUCUAUUAUGGACCGGAGCGGUUAUCGACCAGAUUCGCCGACGACGAACAGGCCCGUCUGGACAGCGGAUUCAGCCAGUCGACGUUCAAGACCGUCCUGGAUCGCAUCGAGCGCGAAUCAUCUGAGGGCAAACGCGUCUUCAUCAAGGACAUUAUCCACUAUCUGCUGCCCCCGCACGGUCAGCCCGCCAGCAUUGCGCCGUCGCUGCACAGAAUCAAGCGCGGCGUAGGCACAGACCAGCAGGGGCAGCAGCAGCAGAAAGAUAUCCCGGAGACGCCUUACCCGUACUCGACGGAGGCAGAACCGGGCAACCCGACCGUGAUGCCACGGGCGCUUCUGUCGCAGUUCCACUUUGCGUUUUUGAUCCGCGACCCGCAUUAUAGUGUGCCCUCGUACUACCGCUGCACAAUCCCGCCGCUGGACGCGGUGACGGGGUUCCAGAACUACGACCCCUCGGAGGCCGGGUACGACGAGUUGCGGCGGACGUUCGACUACCUGCGCGCGACCCAUCUGGUCGGGCCGCGGGUGGCCACGUACGAGGCCGAGACCCGCGAUGACUCGUCGUCGUCGGUGGCCUCGUCGCGCCCGUCCUCUUCGGCCUCAUCCGCCAGCAUGAGCGGGCCGACCGACGAGGAGACCCAGGAGGUCGAGAUAUGUGUCGUCGACGCCGACGACAUGCUCGACAACCCGGCCCCGAUGAUCGAGGCCUUCUGCCGCAGCGUGGGGCUCAAGUAUGAUCCGUCGAUGUUGUGCUGGGACACCGAGGCGGACCACGCGUACGCGCGGGCCGCGUUCGAGAAGUGGCGGGGGUUCCAUAACGAUGCGAUCGAGUCGACGGGCUUGGUCGGUAGGAAGCAUCCCAAAGCCCGUAAAUCGGAAGCAGAAUUCGACGCCGAAUGGCUCGAGAAGUACGGCCCGGAAGGCGCCGCUCUCAUCCGCAAGACCGUCGACGACAACAUGGAGGAUUACCUCUAUCUGAAGAGAUUCGCCAUGAAGGUUUAA